AUGCCGUCAACCUUUCUCUCGCAGGUGCUGGUCCUGCUCGCGGCCCUCGCCUUCCACCAGGCCGCCGCCUCCCCGCUCUUCUACCGCUCGAUUCUCGCUUCCCGCUCCAGCGUCGGCGUCGUCGGCAACAUCCGCAUUCCGACCGGCUACAAGACAACGCUCUUCUCCGACGGAUUUGCCGGCACCGCCGGCUCGCUGCCGUCGACCGACCGCUGGACCAUCGACACCGGCACCGCCUACCCCGGCGGCGCCUCCCACUGGGGCACCGGCGAGGUCGAGACGUACACCAAGACCGCGUCCAACCUGCAAAUCACAUCGUCCGGCACCCUGCUCAUCACGCCCGUCAAGACGACGGUGAGCGGCAAGACGACCUGGACGUCGGGCCGCAUCGAGACCGUCAAGGCCUGGGACUUUUCGUGCGCCGUCGGCAAGAAGGUGCGCAUCGAGUCGCGCCUCAAGCUGGGCGCCAACUCGGCCGCGUCGCAGCUCGGCAUCUGGGCCGCCUUCUGGUCGCUGGGCUCCGCCUACCGCGGCAACUACAACAACUGGCCCGCCGUCGGCGAGGUCGACAUUCUCGAGUCCAUCAACGGCCAGGCCAAGUCGUACCAGACCGUGCACUGCGGCACGGCCAACGGCGGCCCCUGCAAUGAGCCGACGGGCAUCUCGAGCACGUACGGCUUCGCGCGCAACGCUUGGUACACGGUGGCGGUCGUCAUCGACCGGUCCUCGUCCACGUCGGCAUCGACCUGGAAGUCGGAGACCAUCACGUGGCUGCUCAACGAGCGGGUCGUCUUCACGGUCAAGGCGUCGACCGUCAACAACCAGGCCGCCUGGGUCGCCCUGGCCCAGAACACCAAGUAUCUGCUGCUCAACGUGGCCGUCGGCGGCGCGUUCCCGACCGCUGUGGCCGGCACGACGACGCCGACCACCGCCACCGUCGGCGGUACGGGCUCCGGCAUGGAGGUCGACUACGUCGCCGUCUUCACGUCAUAG